AAUCAUGACAGUUUCUGUUCAAAUCAUUUCCUACUUCUAAAUAGAUCAACCAUAUUCCAUUUACAUUUUCCAUCUAUUUACUCAUAUUUUAUUGGUGUUUACAUAUCACAUUAUGCAUUCUAAUCGUAUUAUUCACUCCCGGGAUUUUAUAAAACGUUUUAAACCCAAAAACUUUCAUAUUUGCAAUAAACUCAAGAAAAAGCACCAUGGUGGUUGGCAGCGUGCCUUAAAAUCUACACCCAUACAUCACACCACUGUUCCGGUUAUCAUUAGUACCAACUGCCGGUCCUUACCUAACAAAAUUCUGUUGUCGUCCGGAAUUCACCACAAUACUGGUAUUGUCACUCUACAAGAAACCUGGCUCCAUGACUCAUAUGAUGACAAUAUAGUGUCUCUAAAUGAUUUUAAUGUAUUCCGACAAGCCCGUGUUUGUUCCAAGAAAAAAUGUGGCGUAGGUGUUGUAACUUUUAUACACUCAAAAUGGUCCAUUUCUAACAAAGUUUGUCUCAAAUUCUCGAAUGAAUACAGUGAUUGCAUCACUGUGAGAUAUCGCCCGAAACACCUGUCAAAAUUCAAAUUCAUUUAUAUUUCUAAUGUUUAUGUCUCUCCUGGCUGUACUAAAUCGGAUUUAUCUAUGUUCGCUGAUGAAUUCACUGCUUUUGCUGCAGCUUGCUUCGAGAACUCUAUCAAUAGUAACUGGUGAUUUUAAUUCAUGCGAUCACUUCUUCCUUAUAUCACUUGGUCAUGACAAUAUUGUUAAGUUUGCUACCCGUCUUGGUAAAACACUGGAUCUAGUAUUUAUCAAUGAUGUCGGUAUAUAUGAAGCUCCCAAACGUGCUCUUUUACUUAACUCUGACCACUGCAUCAUACGUGUACUGCGUAAAAUAUAUUCCAAAUCACACAAAGGUGUACUCUCUCAUCUCUACAGUAAAGUUCAACGGAGAUGCUACACACAAGACAACAUAGAUAAGCUCAGAUGCAUGUUGAAAGACACUAACUGGGACUUAUUUGCAGAACAAGCAUUAGAUGACACAAUCACAAACACUACUGUUUAUUACAUUCGAUUUAAUCGCUUCUCUUCGCCAUAUCUCAAAAAGCUACGUAGAGAUAAAGAAAUGUUGUUCAAAACAAAUGAUAAGUAAGGUGUAAAAAAGUUAAAUACUCUGAUAAAACUCGAAAUGAAAAGAUUAAAUGUUUUAUAUAACCAAAGCUUUUUGUCAUGUAAAACCUCUUCUAAUUUGUGGAAACUUUUCAAAGAAAUUAUUAGCGGUAAGCGAUGUAUUUCUGUCCCAUCUCUCAAUGUCCACACUCUUAAUAAGUUUUUCACGUGCUCUUCUGUCGAUAUCCUUCCUAAUGAUACAAAUCAUAUUGACAAUAAUUUUAGUGGUUUUAAUACCCUUGAUGUGCCUAAAUGUCUCCG